AAUCGAUUCCACCCUUCUCUGCCUUCCUCUUCACCUGCAUUGUCCGCUUCUGCUCAAAUUCAAACCUUGAUACGCUGCCGUUUUCUCUCUCCUCUCUCAACCUCCGCCUCUCCGAUCUCCGAAAGGGUGAGCUGGACCCAAAAAAAAUAAUAUUAAUGAGCGAAAUGGAAGAUAGUGAAAUGGUUACGGUACAAGAUUUGCUGGUAGACUCGGAAGCUAAGAAGCCGAGUGAGGCCUCUGUUAAAGAGCAGGAAGAAACUGCUGAUGCUUCAGUGGAAAAAAAGUCGAAUGAGAAUGGGCAGGCAUCGGUUGCUGACGAUGACCACACUGUGACUUUGGCAACUGAUGUUCCUAUGAGUGAUACUCAAGCUUUGCCUAAUGAGAAAAAUGAUACGGAUGAAAAUAUUAAUCAGCAAGCGGGGGAAGAGAAAACUGAUGGAGAUGAUGGUGGCUGUGUUCAAAAUCAGCCACAAACUGCUACUCCAUCGACCCCGAGGAGGCAUGCGACUCCUAAAUCAAAGCAUGAUAGUGCGGCAAAGUCCAAGAACGUGUGGACGGAUAUUAAGAUGGGGGAGGCUGAUGUUGCAGGUACCCCAGAAGAGCGAGCUGCAUUCAUGAAGGAGCUGGAAACUUUUUAUAAGCAGAAUACCAUGGAUUUCAAGCCCCCCAAGUUUUAUGGGGAACCAUUGAACUGCCUGAAGUUAUGGAGGUCUGUGAUCAAACUGGGUGGCUAUGAAGUGGUUACUGCUAACAAGUUGUGGCGGCAAGUGGGAGAGUCUUUCCACCCUCCCAAGACCUGCACAACGGUGUCUUGGACAUUCCGCAUUUUCUAUGAGAAGGCACUUCUGGAAUAUGAAAAGCAUAAGAAGGAAACUGGUGAGCUUCAACUUCCUAGUUCACCCUUGCAUCAGGCUACUAGUGUUGAAAAGGAGGCAAGUGGGUACCAAGCACCUGGAUCUGGCAGGGCAAGAAGGGAUGCUGCUGCUCGUGCUAUGCAGGGUUGGCAUGCUCAGCGUCACCUUGGACAUGGUGAGGUUAGCGAGCCAAUUGCUAAGGUCAAGAGCUUAAAUUUUGCAAGGCGUGAAAAGCCUCUCAAAAGUAUCGGUUUGCACAGACAGAAGACAACUAACUUGGAACUUGCCGAGAGACCUAUGAAUGCUGAACCAGAUAAGGAAGUGGAUGCUGAAAUUGCUGAUAUUGGACCCCCUGCUGAUUGGGUGAAGAUCAAUGUGCGGGAAAGUAAAGAUUGCUAUGAGAUAUAUGCUCUAGUCCCAGGACUUCUCCGUGAAGAAGUUCGGGUUCAAUCAGAUCCUGUUGGACGUCUGGUUAUAACAGGUCAACCAGAGCAGCUGGACAAUCCUUGGGGUAUAACACCAUUUAAGAAGGUUGUGAGCUUACCUACAAGAAUUGAUCCACUUCAGACGUCUGCUGUUGUUAGCUUGCAUGGGCGACUCCAUGUUCGUGUCCCUUUUGAGCACGGAUCAGCUUGACUUUCCUUCUUGUGAGUCGGACAUUGAUUAACUUUUCUAGGUAGAAAUCAUAAAUUUUGGGAGAGACAGACAAAGGCUUGAAAGGGAAUAACUGGGAUUGUUUUUGUUUCUCUCACCGUGUUAAAGUAGCUCUAACUACUGAACUUCGUAGAUGCCAGCUUAUUAUGUGCAGAGUAGUUUCAGAAGAUCUGUUAAUUGUAAAACUGAUGCAUGUCACUGGGAAGCCAUAUUGAUCCUGUGGCUGGAAACCCUGUGUAAGACUGCGGUUAUAAAUGGCUGCUGGUAGCAGUUUCAAUUGA